AUGAGGAUCACCUUCACCUCCUACAGCAACUGCAGUGAUUUCAGUGUUGAACCUCAUUUGAGUGAAGAGACUGUGAGGAAAAAUCUGUCUCAACUUCAGAGUCUGAAUGAAAAACUCACUAAAACUCUUCAAAAGAUCAGACCAGAACCAGACUUAGAAGAACUGAAGAGGAUUUAUCAGCAUAAAGAUGUGACUCUGGAUCCUGAUACAGCUCAUCCCAAUCUUAUCCUGUCUGAUGAUGGAAAACAAGUAAGAUAUGGAGACAAAAAACAGAAACGCCCUGAUAAUCCAAAGAGAUUUGAUAAAUACAUUGAUGUUCUGGGACAGGAGGGAUUCUCAGGGAGAUUUUACUAUGAGGUGCAGGUCAGGGGAAAGAUUGAGUGGAGUUUAGGAGUGGUGAAAGAGUCCGUUGACAGGAAGGGGGAGAUUAUACUGGCCCCACAGAAUGGAUUCUGGAUUUUAAUUAUGAGGAAUGGAAAUAAAUAUACAGCUUGUGCAGAACACCCCGACUCCCUUACCCUGAGAGAGAAGCCCCAGAAGGUGGGGGUGUUUGUGGAUUAUGAGGAGGGUCAGGUCUCCUUUUAUGAUGUGGAGGCCAGGUCUCAUAUCUACUCUUACAACGGUCAGUCUUUCACUGGGAAUCUCUAUCCAUUCUUUAGCCCUGGUCUUAAUGAUGAAGGUAAAAACUCAGCGGCACUGAUCAUCACACCCGUAUCAAACACUGAAUAAAUAUUCUUUAGUAACUUUAAUGACAACAGAAAAGUUUAUUUUUAAUUUAAGAUAUAUAUAUAUAUAUAUAUAUAUAUAUAUAUAUAUA